AUGCUUGGCUCAGGCAAACGAAGCCUGGCACAGAAAUUAAAACACAAACUGUCCAAAAGUACACAUAACAUCACCAUUGCUGCAGCGAAAAAAGCCGGUGGAGAGAAAAUUUACGGAGAUAGUCGUCACAGCGUCCUGUCGGCAUCCUCUUCAAAGAUGAAUCAACAGUAUCCGGAUUCCAGCACAAUGGGUUUAAAUCAGGUCCCGAGUGGCUCCGUACUCAGCUUGUCACGUGAUAACUAUCCGAUCGAGGGAGGCACACGCACGUCCGGAGGUGAUCAGCUCUAUAAUAUGAAUACAACUGGCCCUACCGGUACGAAUUUACUUGGCACUGGCAACAUUGGUGGUGGAGUUGGUGGUGGAAGUUUGAGCACAUUACAAAACUCUCCCUACACGGGCCGCAGUUCCGAUGUCUACGGACUUUCUCGACCAGACGGUGCCAUUGAUGAUUCGUUGGUCAAACUACACGGCUCCCAGGCUAGUGGAAUUGACGCGGGUGGUUGGGGGCUCCAUGCGGAGGAGCGACCAAAGAAGCGAAUGGAAGGUAUCUUUUAA